CCAGGCCUCCCCCUCCCGGGCCGCCGGCCGGGCCCCGCGCCCCUCCAUGCACCACCUGCUGGAGCAGCCCGCGGACAUGGCGACGGCGCUGCUGGCGGGCGAGAAGCUUCGGGAGCUCAUCCUGCCCGGCGCCCAGGACGACAAGGCGGGCGCGCUGGCCGCGCUGCUGCUGCAGCUCAAGCUGGAACUGCCAUUCGACCGCGUGGUCACCAUCGGCACCGUGCUCGUGCCCAUCCUGCUCGUCACGCUCGUCUUCACCAAGAACUUCGCCGAGGAACCCAUCUACUGCUAUACCCCUCACAACUUCACCCGUGACCAGGCCCUCUAUGCACGUGGCUACUGUUGGACAGAGCUUAGGGAUGCCCUGCCCGGGGUGGACUCCAGCCACUGGCCCUCCCUCUUCGAGCACAAGUUCCUGCCCUAUGCCCUGCUGGCGUUUGCCGGCAUCAUGUACGUCCCCGCCCUGGGCUGGGAAUUCCUGGCCUCCACUCGCCUCACCUCCGAGCUCAACUUCCUUCUCCAGGAGAUCGACAACUGCUACCAUCGGGCAGCGGAGGGCCGGGCCCCCAAGAUUGAGAAGCAGAUCCAGUCCAAGGGCCCCGGCAUCACGGAGCGGGAGAAGCGGGAGAUCAUUGAAAACGCCGAGAAGGAGAAGAGCCCGGAGCAGAACCUGUUUGAGAAGUACCUGGAGCGCCGGGGCCGCAGCAACUUCCUGGCCAAGCUGUACCUGGCGCGGCACGUGCUCAUCCUGCUCCUCAGCGCGGUGCCCAUCAGCUACCUGUGCACCUACUACGCCACGCAGAAGCAGAACGAGUUCACGUGCGCGCUGGGCGAGCCUCCCGACGGCCCCCGGGGCUCGGUGCGUGUCAGCUGCAAGCUGCCCUCGGUGCAGCUGCAGAGAAUCAUCGCCGGCGUGGACAUCGUCCUGCUCUGCUUCAUGAUCAUCAUCCUCGUCAACCUCAUCCACCUCUUCAUCUUCCGUAAGAGCAACUUCAUCUUCGACAAGCUGCACAAGGUGGGCAUCCGCACGCGCCGCCAGUGGCGCCGCUCGCAGUUCUGCGACAUCAACAUCCUGGCCAUGUUCUGCAACGAGAACCGGGACCACAUCAAGUCGCUCAACCGCCUGGACUUCAUCACCAACGAGAGCGACCUCAUGUACGACCACGUGGUGCGCCAGCUGCUGGCCGCCCUAGCCCAGUCCAAUCACGACGCCACCCCGACGGUGCGGGACUCGGGCGUGCAGACGGCGGACCCCAGCGCCAACCCCGCCGAGGGCGACGCGGGGGAGCCCCCCGUCGUCAAGCGCCCCCGCAAAAAGAUGAAGUGGAUCCCCACCAGCAACCCCCUGCCCCAGCCCUUCAAGGAGCAGCUGGCCAUCACGAAGGUGGAGAACCACAAGGCGGACAAGGCCAAACCCGUGAGGAGGAAGACGGCCACGGACGCGCUCAUUGCGCCCCUGCUGGAUGCCCGAGCUGCCCACCACAAGGGGGCCGGGCCUGCAGACACCCCGGCCCCCGGCCCCUCCUCCGCCCUGCCGUCCGCGAGCAGCGAGAAAAAGCACGCCAGGCAUUUCUCCCUGGACGUCCAUCCCUACGUCCUCAGCAGCAAGAAGCCUAAAGCGGAGCUUCCGCGCAUUGCUGCCCUGCCCGCCUCCAAGAGCCAAGAGGGUGCCUUCCUCACCCAGGCGGAGGACUGCGGAGGGACCCUCAGCAUGGCGCCUGCCAAAGAUCCCCCAGGCCUAGAAAAAGAAAUCCUGUACCCAGUGGAGCCGUGCCGGGCCAUGCCACCCCCUCCGGGAUCCUUCCAUGCCUGCCCUCCCACCACAACUCCUGGAGUCCCUGGGCCCAUGACCAAUGUCACUCCUGGCCUUGUGAAGCCUGAGUCCAUGGCCAUCUUGAGCCACAACUCAACCCACCCCCUGCUGCACAUCAGCACCUUGUAUGAGGACCACCGGGCGGAGGAGGAAGAGGAAGCCCCACCUCGAGCCUCCCCUGACAUGGCUGACCUCAUCACCAUCCCCCCCCCAAAGCAGAUUCUCAUUGCCACCUUUGAGGAGCCCCGGACAGUUGUGAGUACUGUGGAAUUUUAGAGACAGGCAGCAAGGAUCUCAUCCCCAAGUCACCCCAGUACUCAUAACCACCCCACCUCCAGCUCUGGGUCAUCAUCAGGACCUGCCCCUAUACCCCCCCCAAACCUGACAAGAAUCCGGCCACUGCAUGCCCUCGCCAAGAUCCCCUGAAGCACUAGACCCAAGCACGAGUCUCCCACUAGACCCGCUGCCAAUGCCCAGGGGCAGCUAGGGAUCCUGCCUUCCCCAUACACCCAGACACCUCUGCCCCUGCUUAGCUACUGCUGCCUUGGUUCCCUGACCUCCGGCGUCUGGGGACUAGAGAGCGGCCUGUCCGCAGCCACUGUGGUUCUCAACGUGCACUUUAGCCAACGUUCCCUUCCCAACGUGGCCAAUACCACCCAGAGCCACCUCCCAGGCCUUGCCUGACCCUGCCUGGCCAGCCUGUGCUUCCUACAAGAGUCUCUAAGACCCUGGCCCAGCCCAAGCCACCUGUCACCUGUGCUUUCUGAAAGCCACAGAGACUCAUGGCUUAGCCCACAGGGCCUUCCCCAUGGCCUCAUGAACACCAGAUAUGCAAUACAGUUCUGGGGCCCAGUCUCCCCUUGGGGUGGGAGGGGAUGAGGGAAGGACUGCCAGGGUAGGUGCUCAGGAUUGGUCCUGUCCUCGGGUGGGUUUGGGCCAAGGCCCAAAGGCUUCCCCCAACCCCAAGAGGAGCAAUGAGUGUCCCUGGGCAUGGCCAGAUGAAGAGUUUAUUUUUUUAAUCUAUUUUGUCAUUAACGUAGGGUGCUGGGGUGGAUGGAUGUCUCCUCCCUGGACAUGGAAGGGUGGAAGCAAAUUCAUUUGGGGAAUGAAAGGGGGGAUCUGGAAGGGUGGAGACAUUCGGAAGGUUCCCCACCCUUGCUGGGCCCAGGAUGGCCAGUCACAGCCCACCAGCUACCCUCAGCCUGGGGCUAUCCCACAUGGUGCAGUGAUCCACCCCAAAUCAUUCCCUCUCAGGAAGGUUCAGUCUUCCUCCUAAGGAAUUCUACCCCCCAUCCCCCAGCUUUAUCACCCUGGCCUCCCCCAGGGCUCAGUACCUCCAGGGUGAUGGAGGUUCCCACCCUCCCAGAGCUCAGGCCUCUUCCAUAGCUCAGUGUCCUACCCCAGCCUCUCCCACCCUGGGCUCAGUGUCCUGCCUGGGGGCCAACCCCCCCAUCCACCCAGUGCCCCGGCUCAGUGAUCCUCUUGGGGGCUAUCCCCCACCUAACACCCCCCAGGCUUAGUGUCCUGUCUGCCCCCCCCCAGUGUCCUACCUGGGCCAGCAUCCCCUCCCCAUCCCACCCACCACCUCCAGGCUCAGUGUCCCACGGGGCCCCCUCCCCCUUUCAAUUGCACUUUCUCUUUACCACUUGACAUCCAUGUGUUUUCAUUCUGUUAUUAAUGCUGUAAUCGAUCAUUUAUAAUUCGGGUUUGGAAACUCAGAGCCGAGUUUUCACCAGAACGAGAGGGAGGAGGAGGAGGAAGGGUGUGGAGAAUGUAUAAACCGUAUCUUGCAAUAACGGCCCGUCCGAGCCCCACAGUCCCCGGAGUUCCUGCCAGGCUGCUUCUGCGGGUGCUCCCCGGUGGGGUGGGCCAGGGCUGGGGAGGGGAGGAAAGGGGAGCUGCCCUGGAAGGGGAGUGAAGGCUUACCUGGCUCUAGCAUCUAUUACCUCAGACACGGCGACGGAGAGCAGUGUUGAACAAAAAUAGCACUAAAUAUAGAAAUAAAUAUUAUUCUAACAACAGGUCCGCAUGGUGUCCUCAGCUGGCCUGCCCCGGAGAGACCAAGGAUGGGACAAGGUGGGUCAGCCCGGCCGGGAAGCCCUCCAGGUUUGCCCACACUGUUCCCCUUCCUCUCUUCAGUUGCCAUGUGUCCCCCAGUCUCCUCCUGAAGCCAGGCCACUAAAUGUGGUGGGGCCUCAGAGAAGGAAGAUUGAUUAUAAGCUUGGGAGGUGGGGGGAGGGGAAGGGAAGGAAAGAGGGGAGUGAGGCACCAAGGAGGGCUUCUUGGAGGUGGGGGGCCCUGAACUGGGUCUGGGUGAGAUCAAUCAGCCAGGGAUUGGGAAACCAAAAGAAAGCAAAGCCGGGGAGCUGGCUGGAGCGUAGGGUGCAACCUGGGGUCACAGACGAAUGUUGGGUUUGGAGGCAGAGCCCCUUUGGUAGCUGUGUGCUUCAGGCCAGGCAUUUCCCGAUCUGCACAAUGGAGCCAGUAAGUAGCUUCCUGGGCCACCUCGGAGAAAGUGCUGUGUAAAUCUUCGG